AGAGUCAUAACAGGAGAACAAAAAAGGAGCUCCACAUCAAAAACGUUCCUGGAAAAAUCAAUUCCACCGAAGAUCUGGAUCUGAUUCAAGAUGGCAAAUUUUAGUUUCUCCUCGACUCCUUCCCUUCUUUUUCAACUCUCCCGCAUUCGCAAAGUGCCCAGACAUUGCUCCCUUUUCUCUCAAACCUGCGGUUAUCACGUCCCUCACUCUCUUGACAAGUACAAUUCCUCCCCUAUGCAAUCUGCGACACGAAGCACUGCCAACGCUUGUCGAAAUAUGGCGAAAAAUCAGUGGAGACCUUAUACUAACGGCUCUCAUGCCCCUUCUACGCCUCGACAUCUUCUUUCCAUUGCAGACCUUACGCCCACAGAAUUCGCAACUCUCGUCCGAAAUGCCUCUUCCUAUAAGAAAACGAUCAAGUCGGACUCAAUGCCUGAGCGCUUGACGGGGGCGCUGUCAGGAAAGACCGUAGCCAUGAUGUUCAGCAAACGCAGCACCAGAACCAGAGUGUCAACCGAAGGCGCUGUGGUGAAGAUGGGAGGUCAUCCCAUGUUUCUAGGAAAGGAUGAUAUCCAGUUGGGCGUGAAUGAGUCACUGUACGAUACUUCUGUUGUAAUAUCUUCAAUGGUAUCUUGCAUUGUUGCCCGCGUGGGACCUCACUCCGACAUUGCCAAUUUGGCUAAACACUCGAGUGUGCCGGUUAUUAACGCCUUAUGUGACACCUUCCAUCCGCUGCAAGCAAUCGCCGAUUUCCUCACCAUCCAUGAAUCCUUUGCGUCACAAUCUGCAACACACGGAACACAUCCCUCGAGCCUGGGAUUGGAGGGACUGAAAAUUGCGUGGGUCGGAGAUGCAAAUAAUGUCCUUUUUGACCUGGCGAUCGCCGCGACCAAGAUGGGUGUAAAUGUGGCUGUUGCGACACCCAGGGGCUACGAGAUUCCGUCUCAUAUCGUUGAACUGAUUCAGAAAGCACGAGAAGGGGUCCAGUCACCAGGAAAUCUCACACAAACCACCGUGCCAGAAGUCGCCGUCAAGGAUGCAGACGUCAUCGUGACCGACACCUGGAUCUCGAUGGGGCAAGAGACCGAGAAAAUCAAAAGACUGGAAGCGUUCAAAGACUUUAAAGUGACUUCAGAGCUUGCUAAACGAGGAGGCGCAAAAGAGAAUUGGAAGUUCAUGCAUUGCUUACCACGACAUCCCGAGGAGGUUAGCGACGAAGUUUUCUAUAGCGAGAGAUCUCUCGUCUUCCCAGAGGCCGAAAAUCGACUAUGGGCGGCCAUUUCGGCGCUGGAAGCGUUUGUUGUUAACAAGGGGAAGAUUGCUUGAGCAAUGGCGUGCCGGUGAUGGUGAUUCGCUAGAUAGUUUAUAGAACUCUUGAUUUCUGAUGACAUCGUUUUUGCGCUGUUAGCGGGGUUUCUGGGGAGUAGCUAUACCAACUUUAGGGAUCGUAAUCUAUUUGAAAUGUGACUGUUCUUUUUCUGGCUGCA